AUGAAAAGUCAAACACUGAGGCAGAGGAUUCAUCACGCUCAGAUGCCGGCACGUCUACUGCUAGGGCCUUCUUUCAAUACAACGUCCUCAGCUAGACCAUCUUUUAAAUCAAUGAAAACUGGUCAAAAGCCAUCUAAGCUACAGAUGAAGGAAGAACCGGAAAUGGAAGAAUUAUUUGGUGAGCAGCCGUGGGUUAAACCUCUUUCAACUGCAGGUUCAAAUGAUGACAAUGAAAUGAAUCCUGAUAUGAUAAAUCCACCAACUAAGCGUAAAAAAUCAUUGACCGAUUUUUGUGCGGAAUUAUUAGAAGCCAAAAAAGAGAGUGCAGAUAUAAGAAAGAGACACCACCAAGAAAAAAUAGCUGCUGCUAAUGAACUCACUGGUACUCUUAAUGAUCUUGUGGCCUGUUUUAAACAAAAAAAUCAAAAUUAA